GGAUUGCGACAAUCCACCAGAUUCCGUACCGGAUUCGGUUCAAGGAUGCCGUGAUACGUCAGUGAUUGCAGUGUGAGCCGUCGGAGGAUCAGGUAUUACUUUCCCAUCGCAAGUGGGACUGCCCUUAAGCGGUCAGACUGGCGCCCAAUACGUUAUGAUGGAAACUCAUUACAACAACGAGCAAAGAAAAAAAGACUACGUGGACAGCUCUGGAAUACGAAUAUAUUACACUCCAACCAAACGGCGAUACGACAGCUCAGUGUUAGUCUUUGGUCACACAGUAAACCCUAUUCUCUUGCUGCCACCAGGUAAAGACGAAAUCAUAACAGAAACUGUAUGCCCUGCAGCCUGCACUCAAGUGGGACUUCCUUCAACAGGAGUGAAUGUGUUUGGUACAAUCUUGCAUUCACAUACCGUUGGCAAAGGAAUUUGGAUUGAGCACAGUCGUGGUGGUGUCCAACUUCCCAAUAUUGACAGCAACUACAAUUACGACUUCAACUUUCAGGAUUUUGUUCUGCUGAGAAAUGAAGUCAAGAUUUUGCCAGGAGACGUCGUUCAGGCGUUUUGCGACUACGACACAUCAGCUAGAACGCAAGUUACCAUUGGUGAAGAAGGCACCUCGGACGAAAUGUGUCUGGCUUUUCUUUUAGUGUAUCCUCGACCACAGCUCUUUUCCUGCCUCAGCCAAAUUGGUGUAUCAGUAUUGCGCAGUUAUAUCAACCAGGCGACACUGAAAGGCUAUUAUUCAGACUUGGUGAACAAUUCAGCAAAUGAGAAAACUCAAGGAAGACAGUUUGAACAAAGCGUUAGAAACAUGGACUGGAGCAGUGACGACGCGUACACUCUCUGGAAAAAGGAAUUCUGGUCUUCUAAGAGAAGGGAUUACUUUUGUAAUGACCAAUUGCGCAACAACUUAUUGGGAGCACCUGAAGAAGUUGGCAAUUCGACUUCAUUGCCUGAAAUCACUCAGCCCUUGACUGAUGCUCGAACACCUAAGCCCUGCACAACCGUUACAACAGAAUCUCCGACCAGCUCGUCUCUUGACUUGAUUUCUAAUCUGUUUCUGGUUGCUGUUUUGCCUUUGAUGGCAAAAGGGAUAGGAAAUUAACGCCUACCAAACGUUGACA